AUGAUUGUAGCAAAGAGGUUUACAGCAAAAAUACAGGACAUGAUGUUUUCAGGACUCAGGAAUGCAACUUUGCACCGAGCUCCAGAGUCACCAAAUGCUGAGCAGCUGGCUUUCCCGGACAUUCCUGUUGAACCACUGGCAUCCAAACUCAGUGGUGCUUGCAAAGAGGCCCACCUUGUGUCAAGGGUAAACCCAGGUGUGUCCAAUCUCCAGUAUCCACUCAUAAACUUUCAAAGGGUACCAUCUCAUUUUCCACGACCAGUUCUCUUAUUAUUCCGAAAUCUAUUCCGACAGAUUCCAACAUGUGAAAACGCCCUUGAGUCCCAGAAAGGCAGGAGAGGCAGAGAUAUUGCAAAGACGCUGCAGUGUCCCACACAAGAUCUCAGCUUCAAAUGGAAAAAAAAAAAAGUCCUGCAUCCAUCACAAUCUGAAAUAAAAGUCAACAUAUGGGAAAUAAAUCCUCCUGAUUUUAGUUAUAACCUGUCUACACUUUUGAGACUUCCAGAAAAGCCUUCAAGGACCCUUAAGGAAGAAGAAGGGAGGAAAAAAAGCAAUUUUUUAGGAACAAUGCUUCACCUUCCUGGCAUAAGGAAUUAUUCCAAGAAGGCCAUGUCUUCUAAAUUUUCUUGACAGACCGAUUUCUGCAACAUAACUACUUUUCCACAUCUGGAUUCUCAUGAAGUGAAGUUAAUAUUUGUGGAGAGUGGAAAAUAUCCACAUGGUGUAUACUUCAAUCCAAAACCACCUGGCUUUCGACAGUCCCAAAGUAAUUUACCAAAUUUUGCGACAGCUUACAAAAGGGACCCUUUUGGAUUAAAGUUUAAGUCACAGCAUUUAAGUACAGGUAACGGAUGCCCUUUGCUGAAAGAUGGUCAAUAGAACAGUACAGAAAGAUUUAUCACCUACAAGCCUCCUGAAUGUACCUGGGAUUCAAAGCUAAUUUUACCAAAAGUCCCGUGGCCUAUUAAGUCUGCUUCAUACACGAGACACAGAAGGUGGCGAGAUGCGAACAGUGCAUUUAUGGAUUAUGUGGAAGAAAAAUUUACUAAGACAUGCAAGAACAGUGGACAAAAAGUUAAGAUUUGCUGUUGA